AUAGCAAUGGCGGCUUCUGUCUUUGUAAACAAAAAACGCAUAAUUUACAAAAGAUAAUAGCUAAUGGUUUGAAUCAUUUCAAGUGGGUGGCACAGUUUUCGUACUUACAUGAAUGUUAUUUUCCUAAUAACUCCAGUUGUUAAUGUUAUUGAAGAUCGUUUUUUGAUUUACAAUAAAUACAUGUGGCAGGUUUAGCUAGCUCGCUAAAAAAAAUACUAGCUAGUGUAAGCGUCUUGAUAGACUCACCACCUAUUGUUAAAGACAGUUGUUUGAGACCAUGGAGGAUGAUGCGUCACUGCAUCGACUGGAGGGUAGUGACCCCACUGCGCAGGUUGGCGGGCUGAUUGUGAAGAAGAAGAGUGCAGCAGUAGAGCCUCAUGUCUUUCGUGCACCCACUCCACGCACCUCUCUCCUGGGCCUGGAUCUGCUGGCAGCUCAAAAGAGAAAAGAGCGUGAGGGCAAGGAGCAGGCUGAGGCUGACAGUGAUGACAGGAAUAACAAGAAAUCCAAGGUAUCCUCCUACAAGGAUUGGGAGGAAGGGAAAAGUGAUUCUGGAUCUGAUGAAGAAGACAAAGACGAGGAGGAUCAAGGUGGUAAAAAAGAGAGUAGCAGGAAGUACCGUGUAACUGGCUCAGAGACACCCUCUAACCCUGGAGGUGUCAGUGAAGAGUUCCGUCGCAAACACCAGCAGAGGGAGAAAGACCGGCGUGAGCAUGGAAUGUACGCCUCCUCCAAAGAGGACAAGAACAGAGAGAGGGAGAAGGACAGAGAGAGGAUCAGAGAUACGGACAGAGAUCGAAGGGGUGAAAGAGAUGAGCGGGAGCGCAGUAACAGCCGCGGCGGUGGCAGCAGCCGGUCGGAGCGUGGAGACCGCAGUGAGAGGAGUGAGCGCUCACAGAGAGAAGGCUGGUCCUCCGAACGCAUCAGCCGGGGGAGCAAGAGAGAGGAGCCUCCAACGCCUCAGACACGCCCCAAAGAUGGCACUCCCUCGCGCACCAGCUGGGAUGAGGAUGACAGCGGCUAUGCCAGCUCACGCCGUUCCCACUGGGAAUCUCCCUCUCCUGCCCCUUCACACAAGGAUUCUGACAAGUCUGAACGGUCGGAGCGCAGUCCCCGCUCUGGACGGGAGAGUGAGAGGAAGGACAAGUCAGUCAGAGGCCGGUAUCCUGAUGACACGCCCCUUCCCACCCCAUCAUACAAGUACAACGAAUGGGCCAAUGACAGGAAGCACUUGGGCUCCACUCCUCGUCUGUCCCGUGGGAAAGGUAAGAAUGAAGGAGAGGAUGGCAUCGCCUUUGAUAAUGAUGAUGAGAAGCAGCAGUGGGAGGAGGACCAGAAGCAAGCGGACAGAGACUGGUACAUGAUGGACGAAGGCUAUGACGAGUUCCACAACCCACUGACCUCCACCUCUGAAGAUUAUGUGAAGAAGAGAGAGCAGAUCCUGCAGAAGCAGACACAGAAACGCAUCUCUGCCCAGAGACGACAGAUCAAUGAGGAUAAUGAGCGCUGGGAGACUAACCGCAUGCUGACCAGUGGAGUGGUCCAGAGGCUGGAGGUGGAUGAUGACUUUGAGGAGGACAACGCUGCCAAGGUCCACCUGCUGGUUCACAACCUGGUCCCUCCCUUCCUGGACGGGAGGAUAGUCUUCACCAAGCAGCCGGAGCCUGUCAUCCCUGUGAAAGACGCCACCUCUGACAUGGCCAUCAUCUCCCGCAAGGGCAGCCAGCUGGUCCGCAAGCACCGCGAGCAGAAGGAACGCAAGAAGGCUCAACAGAAACACUGGGAGCUGGCAGGCACCAAGCUGGGUGACAUUAUGGGCAUCAAGAAGACUGAGGAAGGGGAUAGCUCUGGGGGCAAGCCAGUGGGUGAGGAUGGCAAGGUGGACUACAGAACGGAUCAGAAGUUUGCAGACCACAUGAAAGAUAAGAGUGAGGCCAGCAGUGAGUUUGCUAAGAAGAAGACCCUGCUGGAGCAGAGGCAGUAUCUGCCCAUCUUCGCUGUGAGGCAGCAGCUGCUCAACAUCAUCAGGGACAACAGCAUUGUGAUCGUGGUGGGGGAGACGGGCAGUGGGAAGACCACCCAGCUGACCCAGUACCUUCACGAGGACGGCUACACCAGUUACGGCAUGGUGGGCUGCACCCAGCCCCGCAGAGUGGCAGCCAUGAGCGUGGCCAAGAGAGUCAGCGAGGAGCUGGGCAGCAACCUGGGAGAGGAGGUGGGUUAUGCGAUCCGUUUUGAGGACUGUACAUCGGAGAAGACUGUGAUAAAGUACAUGACAGACGGUAUCCUGCUGAGAGAGUCUCUCAGAGAGUCAGAUCUGGACCACUACAGUGCUGUCAUCAUGGACGAGGCCCACGAACGCUCCCUCAACACAGAUGUGCUGUUCGGCCUGCUACGAGAGAUUGUAUCGAGGCGUUCUGACCUCAAGCUGAUAGUCACCUCAGCCACCAUGGACUCUGACAAAUUUGCUGCGUUUUUCGGCAACGUUCCCAUAUUCCACAUUCCAGGAAGAACAUUCCCUGUAGACAUCUUAUUCAGCAAGACUCCCCAGGAAGACUAUGUGGAGGCAGCAGUGAAGCAGGCCUUACAGAUCCACCUUAGUGGUAUGGGGGGAGACAUCCUCAUCUUCAUGCCUGGCCAGGAGGACAUCGAGGUGACGUCAGACCAGAUCGUGGAGCGUCUAGAGGAUCUGGAAAGCGCCCCUCCUCUGACUGUACUGCCCAUCUACUCCCAGCUGCCCUCUGACCUCCAGGCCAAGAUCUUCCAGAAGGCUCCAGAUGGUGUGAGGAAGUGCAUCGUUGCCACCAACAUUGCCGAGACCUCCCUGACUGUGGAUGGUAUCAUGUUUGUUGUGGAUGCUGGAUACUGCAAACUCAAGGUGUUCAACCCUCGCAUUGGCAUGGAUGCCCUGCAGGUGUACCCUAUCAGCCAGGCUAACGCCAACCAGCGUGCGGGCAGAGCAGGACGUACAGGGCCGGGCCAGUGUUACAGGCUGUACACCCAGAGUGCCUUCAAGAAUGAGAUGUUAACCACCACCAUCCCAGAGAUUCAGCGGACCAACCUGGCCAACGUGGUGCUGCUGCUAAAAUCCCUGGGGGUCCAGGACCUGCUGCUCUUUCACUUCAUGGACCCCCCGCCUGAGGACAACAUGCUGAACUCCAUGUACCAGCUGUGGAUCCUGGGGGCCCUGGACAACACAGGUUCCCUGACGCCCACUGGGAGGCUGAUGGUGGAGUUCCCUCUGGAUCCGGCUCUGUCCAAGAUGCUGAUCGUAUCAUGUGACAUGGGCUGCAGUGCUGACAUCCUCAUCAUCGUCUCCAUGCUGUCUGUACCGGCCAUCUUCUACAGGCCUAAGGGUCGUGAGGAGGAGAGUGACCAGGUGAGGGAGAAGUUCUCGGUCCCAGAGAGUGACCACCUGACCUACCUGAACGUCUACCUGCAGUGGAAGAACAACAACUACUCCAGCAUCUGGUGCAACGAACACUUCAUCCACACCAAGGCCAUGCGAAAGGUGCGCGAGGUCCGCUCCCAGCUCAAAGACAUCAUGGUGCAGCAGAGGAUGAACCUGGUGUCCUGUGGCUCAGACUGGGACAUCAUCAGGAAGUGUAUCUGUGCUGCCUACUUCCACCAGGCAGCCAAGCUGAAGGGCAUAGGGGAGUAUGUGAACGUGAGGACAGGCAUGCCGUGUCACCUCCACCCCACCAGCUCUCUGUUUGGCAUGGGCUACACCCCAGACUACAUCACCUACCACGAGCUGGUCAUGACCACCAAGGAGUACAUGCAGUGUGUGACUGCGGUGGAUGGGGAGUGGCUGGCUGAGCUGGGGCCCAUGUUCUACAGUGUCAAACAGGCAGGGAAGAGCAGGAUGGAGAACCGGCGGCGGGCCAAGGAGGAGAUCACUAACAUGGAGGAGGAGAUGUCUCUGGCGGAGCAGCAACUGAGGAGCAGGAGAGAGGAUCAGGACAGGAAAAGUAAUGUGGGCAGCGUCAGGGCUGUGAAAAUCUGCACCCCGGGAAGGAAGGAGGAGGCACCCAUGACCCCAAAGCGCACCCCAGCUCGUUUUGGGCUCUAGAUCUUCUCUGUUAAGACUUAAACACUUGACCUCACCACUAAAUAUCACCUGUAUGUGUACCAUACCAUCACUGGAUGAGCCUUGCUGAGAGGGCUUGGAAAACUGUCCCCUCCUAUUGUUCGGUACCAGCUGCAGUUCAGACAGAGGCCAGCAGAGGUAGAACUUGUAUAAGGCAUGAGGCUCCCGUAACAGACCUUUUCUGUCAGCAAAUCCACAUAGCGUCCCUCCAUUUUUACGUGCAGAGAGAUACAGUAUAGGGCUGUUAGAAUGCAGUAUUUUCUAUUUCUGUAAAGUAAGUAAAACCCAAUGAUGAAACAUCAUUGAAAAGGUAUCGUCUUUAAAGGGUAUUUGAUAUACCUUGAAAAUCUGUCAAAGCAUUUAUCAUAAUCCUUCACAGGCUACAGUGUCCAAGCAGGAAACCUUUAGUUGUUCCAUCUCCUACUGUACCCUACAAGGGGCUGUUUUCUUGAUGGUAGUCUCUCCCGAUCAAUAUAAACUAUGUUCAAUAAGGUUGGGAAUUGCCAGGGACCUCACCAUAUUAGCAUGAUACUUUGGUGCCGAUACGAUAUGUAUUGCGAUUCGAUACUGUGAUUUUAUUGUGAGUCGAUGUUC